AUGGUACUGAUCAAGAAUCUUUUGAACCCAGAAAAAGAGUCAAUAGAAAAUGCAAUUGCACUUGCCAAUGGAGGACUAUGUACUGUUGUGUAUUUUGUGACAAUGUUUAUCAAAAAGGAGAAGUUUUUGGAUUUUUUGGAUUUUAUUAAAUCUCAAAAGAAACUUUUUGCAACUGAAGAUGACAAAAAAUUAAUGAUUGCUGGUGGAAGGGAAUACAAAAUGAUAGUGACUGCUCUUCUAUACAUCCUUCCUGUUGGAAUUGCUGUACGCUUUUUUCAAAUCCCAAUCGAGUAUGGAUACAUUGAGCUAUUUCAAGAAAACCAGACUUUCACUCUACCUCCUUCAAUGGGAAUUCCAGCUUCUGUUUUUGGAGAAAUACCUGCAUAUGUUUUGGAAUCAUUCGUACGAAUGGCUAUGCUGAGCAUGAUCAUCGGAAUAUGUACAAUAUUCAUUCUAUCAACACUAUACAUGUGUACUCAGUUCAAUAUUCUUGCAUUGGAGAUGGAAAAAUUUUGUGAAGUUGACGAGAAAGUCAUCGACAAAAUAAUUGAAAGGCAUGAAGAACUCUUGACAUACACAAAACUAUUGAAUGAGAUCUAUGCGCCAUAUUUCUUCGCCAACUGCUUUUUGAGCUUCAUUAAUAUUUCAAUAUUAUUAUUCUCCUUCCUUACUCAUAAUGCAAGGAUAACAAAUUAUAUUGUGGAAGUUCCAUUGCUAACAGUUGGCAUUUCUCAAUUAUUUUUUGUGCUGUUUUUUGGUGAUAGAUUGAUUGAUGCUACAUCAAAAAUAUCUACAGCAGCAUAUAAUUCAGAAUGGUACACGAAGCCAGUUAAAAUUCAGAAGAAGAUUUUACUCAUAAUUAUGCGUGCGAGGAAGCCACAGUCACUAAAUGUUGGAGGUAAUGAUGUUAUGGUCGCAUCAAUGCUACUCUUUUCACAGAAUCUUUUAAAUCCUGAAGGUGAAUCUAUCGAAAAUGCAUUUACUUUGGCCAACGGAGGACUUAUUACUGUGGUUUAUUUUGUAACUUUGGUCUUCAAAAAGCAGAAGCUCAUUGCAUUUUUUGAAUUUAUAAAAAAUCACAAGAUAAUUUUGACAAGUGACGAAGCAAAAAAAUUAAUGGUUGCAGGUGGAAGAGAGUAUCAAAAGAUAUCGACUGCUUUUCUUUACAUCCUACCUGCCGCUGUCCUUGUUCGGUUUUUGCAGCCACCACUUGAAUAUGGAUUCAAUCAAAUUUUUCGAGAUGAUAAGAACUUUACUUUGCCCCCUUCAAUGGGAAUUCCAACUUUUGUUGUUGGUGAAAUUCCAACUUACAUCUUAGAAUCAAUUGUCCGAAUGAUAAUGCUGAGUACCUUGAUGGGUGUCUGUGCUAUAUUCAUUGCUUCGACUUUAUAUAUUUGUACUCAUUACAAUAUUCUUGCAUUGGAUCUAGAAAUGUUUCGCGAUGAUGACGCUACCAUUAACAAAUUGAUUGAAACCCAUCAGGAGCUUCUUUACUUUACAAAACUAUUGAACGAGAUUUUUUCUCCAUAUUUUUUUGCCGAUUGCUUUUUUAGUUUCAUCAAUUUGUCAAUUAUGAUGUUCUCACUUAUUGCGCAUAAUGCCAAGAUUACGAAUUUUAUGAUGGAAGUUCCAUUAGUGACUGCAGGAAUGUCACAACUGUUUUUCGUUCUUUACUUUGGAGAUCGAUUAAUGGAAGCAACUGCUCAAAUAUCUAAUGCUGCUUAUAAAUCAGAAUGGUUUUCCGCGAGUAUGAAAAUUCAAAAGAAAAUUGGUUUCAUAAUUUUGCGUGGUCAAAGACCACAGACAUUAAAUGUUGGAGGAAAUGACGUCAUGGUCGCAUCCAUGCUUCUCUUUUCACAGAUUUGUCAAAAAGCUUGGGGUGCCUUCAACAUUUUACGAACUACUGUUUAA